GUAAAUCAUAUGUUGUAUUCUAUAUUGGUGAGGCCCUACAGCGACCGCCAUGGGUCCUUAGACAACAUUAUAUAUUCAUACUCUAUAAUGUUCACUAAUAGGUUGAAUAAUCUAUAUGGGUGAAGUCUUACAGUGAAGCAUGCCACCUCCAUUAUGCCAGGGUUUGCUCAUUACCCCAACACCCAAGGUUCUACAACCCAUUAGUGACCACUGGGUUGGAGCAAUGUCCAUUAAUUGUCUUGCCUAGCGACCAUUAAGUGCCGGUAUCGAGCAUUGAACCCGGUAUCCUUCAGUCACAAUGUAAGUACUUAACCACUGGGCCACAGUGCCAAACAUAUAAAGCAAUACAUUGUAUUGAUAUGUCUGAAAUGCAAUCUAUUUCCUGUAUGCGUCAUAAGGUAAAGAAACUAUGUCAUCAUAUACAUGUGUGCAUGAGAUUAUGAGUCAUAUUAUGCUAAUAUGUACAGUGUUGGUAGGAUGUACAAUUCUUACUAAGGGACUGAAGUUGUAUAUGUGGGAAUUAUAUUAUUCAAAUAUUUGGUUCUGACUUCGGUUAUUAUAUAUAAAUCCUAUUCAUUAAUUAUUACGAGCAGUAUUAUUUUGUAUAAGUAUUAAGAAGUUUUCACAAAAAAUAGGAAAGUAAGAAGCAUGGACCCAACUUAUUGGAGGCAUCUUGCAAAUACUUCAACUGAAUAUUUUAUCCAAACCAAUGAGACAAAAAACUUUUACGAUGCGAGGCAAAUAUGUCAGGAUUUUGGGGGAAUAUUGGCGUCAGUGACUUCUGGGUUUGUGCAAGUUUUUUUGGAGAGUAUUAUUCCCAUGUCUGUGUCAUCAGAUAAAGCUGGAAACCGUAGUUAUUGGAUUGGAGCCUCAAGGAAUGGAAGUCAUUCUCCGUGGACAUGGGAGGAUAACAUAACAGUGGUUUACUCAAACUGGGCUCCAAAUGAAAGCAAUCAAACUGACGAGAAUUGUGCAAAUAUAAAAUCAGAUUCCCAACACAAGUGGUACAGCAGCCAUUGUGAGUUUGAUCAAUACAAAUACAUUUGUGAAAGGGAAAUUGUAAAUACAACAACAACAGCAGCAAAUUUAAACGUUACAACAACCCCAGCACCUUCUACAACAUUCAGCCCAACAUUGAACAAUAAUACAACAGCUGCAUAUGUUGGAUCUACUGCUUAUAAAACAACAACAACAUACACAACAUCUCUACCAACUGAUACCGACACCACAUUUGUUACAAGGACUACAAACACACCAAUCACAUCCCCACACAACACAGGAAUAUCUACAGAGCUACUGAUUAUUAUUCUGUUACUUGUUGGGAUAUUUGUGCUUGUAGUUAUAAGCUCUUUGAUGAUCAUGAUUAAACGAAGAAGAAGUCGGCGUGGACGGAUAUUUGUCACUGAAGCUUUGCAACAAAGCACGAGGGAGAGAGAGGUUGAGAUAAGGUUGCAACGAGACACGGGGUCAACCAUGGAUGAAAAUCUGAUCGAACAAACCAAUAAUCUCGUUGAAAUAACCUCAGAAAACGCAUCAAUUGAAGGAAACAGGGAAAGCCAGUACCACGAAGCGAGCCUUUCAACUCAGUAUAACAAUGCAACUUAUGGUCAAUAUCGUUUUGCAGAUCAAGUGAAUGAAGUUGUGGAUGACGAUGAUUAUGUUGCUAUUUAUAGCACUUCCAAGAAAGUGAUGAACAGAAAUAAAACACCUUGAAUAAGGUCCUUAUAGGUCUAUGAUGAUAAAAUGGAAGAUACCAUGUUUGGGAAAAAUUACAAAACUGAUAUGGAAACUUUGUGCAAUGGUUGUGUUUAAUAAAUAAAACCUUAUUUUUGUAAAGAAUAA